AUGUUGAAUAUCGGUGACAGUGUCCAAAUUCCGGGUUGCUCGACGAAAAAACGGUUGCUUGAAACUACCAGCGGAUGUGAUUCUUUCGAUACUCUUCUCGGUGGAGCUCUCGUCAAUUCUAGCAUUGUUCUCAUAGAUGAAUAUCGCUCCAGAUGUUAUGGAUCCUAUCUUGUUCGUUCUUUCUUGGCUGAAGGUUUACAUUAUGGUCACCGUUGUUUUGUCGCCGACCCAUCUGAAGAUGUCAGUGAAACGAUUCUCAAAGUGAUUCCAACGAGAAAGGCAGCGGAAGAUGAUCAGAAAAAAGAGAUUCCCAGUUCACCAGGACAAGCGGAUAAUGAUAUGAAAAUUGCUUGGAGAUAUGGGAAUGUCAAACAAGUUACAUCAGAAAUCGGGCCAUCUGGAAAUCAGUAUGACUUUUCGAAGCAUCUGGAAAACUCCAACGUUGAUGUCUACAACGAAGAAAUUCCAUCGUUUAGUGGUCUUUAUAAAAUACUUUGUGAAGUUGUCCAAAAAGAAGAGGCUCAUACAAAAUCCACAGGAAGAGGCGGACCAAAGAAGAAUUUGCUGAGAGUUGUUCUCAAAAACAUUCAUCUGAACAUUUGGGAAGAUUACGAAUCUCUGGGUAGAUUCUUGUGCUGUCUUCGUUCACUUGCCCGUUCCAGUUAUGCCGUCAUUUACAUUGUUGCCAACUCGCAUCGAAUGCCAAACGACACAUGGAGACAGUUGGAGUCAGCAGCAGAUACACAUAUUCAGUUGAUGCCUUUCAAUGAACAAGAAAAAAAGAUGUUCAGGCAUCUGGGAACGGCUCACGGAUAUUUCCAUCUCAAAAGUCUUCCUCGACUGAUGUCUGCUGGAACACACACCCCGCCUAUUCUGGAUCUAAUUUUUGAAGCUAGUUCUAAAAAAGGAUUCCAAAUCAGAGUAAUGCAUCUACCACCUGCAUUCGACGAGCCUGCUCCUGGUCAACAGAAAGCGACAGCUUGUCAGAAUAUCGACUUUUGA